AUGAACGCGGCGGUGGUGAGGCGGACGCAGGACGCGCUGGGCAAGGUGAUCCGGAGGCCGCCGCUGACGGAGAAGCUGCUGAGCAAGCCCCCGUUCCGCUACCUGCACGACGUCAUCACGGAGGUGAUUCGAACGACUGGCUUCAUGAAGGGUCUCUACACAGACACUGAGAUGAAGUCUGACAACGUUAAGGAAAAAGAUGCGAAGAUCAGCUUCCUUCAGAAGGCCAUAGACGUGGUGGUGAUGGUCUCAGGAGAGUCACUGUCUGCAAAGCCCGCCCGCAUCGUGGCUGGACACGAGCCCGAGCGGACCAACGAGCUGCUGCAGAUGAUUGGGAGAUGCUGUCUGAGCAAGCUCUCUAGUGAGGAUGCCGUGCGCAGAGUCCUGGCUGGAGAGAAGGCCGAUGGGAAGAGAAAGACAUCCAAAUCUCAGGAACCGGAGAACAGGAACUCCAAAGAGGAGGAGCCCCGCGUUCACAAGAACAAAGAGGACAGAAGAAACUCUGAAAUAAAAGACAGAAGUCUGAGCAGAGAUCACAAACAGAGGGAAGACUUGAAAGAAGAAAGCAAACCCAGAGAGAAGGAGAGGGAGAAGGAGAGGGCCAAGGGGAACAGGUACCGGGAGGGAGAGAGAGAGAACCGGCCCAAGCACGAGAGGGACAAGGACCGCGCCAACAGAGACAGGGCCAAGGAGGCGGACCGCGACAAGGAGAGGGAGCGGAAGACCGAGGGAGGACGCGAGAGGGAGCGGUGGAAGGAGCGAGACGCAGAGCGGGAGCGAGACAGGGCCAGACGCCGAGGGAAGGCCGGGGAGCACCCCCGGGAGCCCGAUGGGGACAAGAGCCGGGAGCACGAGAAGCCGGAGAGAAGGUCUACAGGCCCAGGAGAGAUUUCUAAAAAGACAUCAGAUGGAUUUUCUAGAGACCUGAAGGCCGACACGGAGGCUGAUGUUUCUCCGAGAGCGUCCAGGUCCCUGACAAUGAAAACGUCAAAACGGCGAUCGAAACAUUCCAUGGAAGGGGACCCCACCAGUGAUGCAGAGAAAGAACCUGGACCUGCUGGCCAAGAAAUGUCUGAGCUCGCCGAGAAUCCGGAAGUGGCCCAGGAGCUUCCGUCCGGUCCCAGAAGAAUCCCUCGGCCUGGAAGUGCGAGACCAGCUCCUCCCCGUGUCAAACGGCAGGAAAACGCAGAAGCAUCAAGUGUGGACAGGUUGGGCAGCGGUAAGACAGUCUCAAAUGUGAUCGCCGACUCACGCGGCUCUGGCGACGAGGAGGACGAGCAGUUUGUGGUCGAAGCCGUCCCUCAGCUCUCUGACGUGUCGGAGAUAGAAACGGUUCCCGCAGCGGACCCAGGAGAGGACGAGAAGCAUGGUGGACUUGUAACGAAAAUUCUGGAGACCAAGAAAGAUUACGAGAGGCCGCAGUGGUCCCCCAGACCCGGAGAGAAGGAGAAAUCUCUGGUCUACGAGUCAGCCUGGAAGAAAGAGAAGGACGUUGUCUCCAAGGAGAUUGAGAAGCUCCGCACAUCCAUCCAGACGCUGUGCAAGAGCGCGCUGCCCCUGGGCAAGGUCAUGGACUACAUCCAGGAGGACGUGGACGCCAUGCAGAAUGAGCUGCAGCUUUGGCUCAGCGAGAGCAGGCAACACGCUGAGGCCCUGCACAGGGAGCAGAGCAUCACCAACUGUGCCGUGGAGCCCUUGAAGGCCGAGCUGGCCGAGCUGGAGCAACUCCUGAAAGACCAGCAGGACAAGAUCUGUGCGGUGAAGGCCAACAUCCUGAAGAACGAGGAGAAGAUCCAGAAGAUGGUGUACAGCAUCAACGUGAGUUCCAGAAGGUGA